UGUCGAAAAAGUUUGAAAUUCGAAAAUAUGAAGUCAUCAUUGUUUAUCUGGUAGCCACAGUUUUGGCAUGCCAAUGCUGAACUAUCGAAGUUUUAGAAGACGUUGGAUUCUUUUAUUUAUUUUGGUUGUAGGGUGUAUUGUUUUACUCUCAAAACAUUUAUCAAAGGAUUCCAGUCUCAUUGAGGAUGAUUAUGAAACUAAACACGCCAUAAGAAGACAGCCAUUUCAAUGGAAACCAAAUUUGCCUGAUGUAGUCUCAAACAACAGCACUAAAAUUGUACCCUGUAGGAAUUCCGUCCAAGGAAAGUUGAUAAUUGUUGAUGAAAGAGGGUAUAUCUGUAACAGAACUGAAUUGGACAAUAGAGGAUGUUGUGAUGUAACUCUUCAACAUAUAUCAAAGCAUCGCUGUGAUAAGUGUAGUAGUAAUGGCUGUUGUGAACAGUUUGAAUUCUGUGUUUCUUGUUGUUUAAAUCCUGAAAAGAAAUCUCUGUUAACAAGGGUGUUAGAAGAAGCUAGACAGUUAGGAGAUAGGUCUUUAGCAUCUGUUGGGGAUCAAUUUGAGUUGUGUUUAGCUAAAUGUAGAACAUCUUCUCAGAGUGUUCAACAUGAGAAUUCUUACAGAAAUCCAAAAGCCAAAUACUGUUAUGGAGGAAAUCCACCAGAACUAUUGUCUCUAAAUUCAUAAUCUAUGUAAUUAACAUUCCAAAGGACUU